UUCUCCAUUCGCGCAUCAUACCGAGGAGCCUCUCAUCAAUUGCCCGUCGCGAGCUUCAAUUGAUCUUUCCGCAGCUUCAUCAUGUCUUUUAUAAGGUCUUCUGCCCUGCGCGCCUCGUCAUUCGCACGAGCCGCGCGCCCGACGAGGUUUAUCCGUGCUGCCGAGCUCCAGCCAUGGCAACGAGCUGUUCAGCGCAGAACAUACGCCAGCGAACACGGCUCGCACGGUGCAACCCAGAGCAGCGAUGUCCCAUGGAUGGGUGCGGCUGUAAUUGGCACGGCUGUUGGUCUCUACGUUGUCCUGAACCAGGACACCAACCACGGCGAAGAACACCACCCUCUGGGUGACCCACACGGCGAAGGAAGUGCCCACAAGACUUCUACUGAGUCUGCCAAGGAAGAGGCAGAGGAAGAGCCCAAGGAGGAGACCAAGAAAGAGCCAACAAGCGAGCAGCAGGACCCUAACAAGGCCACCAAGGAGAACAGCGAGGAGAAGGACACUCAGUCUCCCGACGAGUCUGACAAGCCCGAUCCCCGCAAAGAGGAGACCAAGAGCACCAACGAGAUGUCUGGCAAGCAAAAGGGCCUGUCCAACGACAACACGGAGCACUCUUCGCAGAUCGACAAGCAGCCCGAAAAGAGCAAGAAGGGAGAGGGCGUGGCCGAAACGGCUAAGCUGCAAGGAACCGUGUCGACUGAGCGCCCUGGCGCGGAGAACAAGGAGGAGCGCGGCAAGACCAAGAUGGACAAGGACGCAUAGACUGGGUGUCUUGAGAUUCGCCGCGUCUCGGAGGCUAGAAAGAUAUGGCGGCGACGGUCCAGGUCGCCGCCCUUGUAUAAUGAGUAAAAUCAAAUCAGCUAAUGAGUCGACUGCCACAUACUACUGCCCGUGCCAGGCGUCGCGAUAUGCUUUGGGCCAUGACUCGAGCGACGAGUGAUUGUGCACGUGUUGCGGGUCGCCAGCAGCAGUGGAUCC